AUGGUGCCUUACCCUGCGCAAGGCAGUAUUAAUCCUGUCAUUAAUUUUGCCCAGUUACUCUCUUCACGAGGGGUUUUCAUUACCUUCGUCAACACGGAGUGGAGUCACAGUUGCAUGUCCAAAGCAGCUCAUAAAGAUAAUGAUGAUCAACUCUCUAACUCAACAUUUAAGUUUCUUACCAUUCCAGAUGGCUUGCCGCCAGAUCAUGGUCGCGUGGCCAAUCCCGCCGAGUACGGAAUCGCAAUACAAAAGCUUGGCCCAGUCUUGGAGCAUCAUUUGCGGUGCGGCUUACCCGAGGGAACUCCUCCCAUCACUUGCAUUAUAGCAGAAAAUUUCAUGUCUUGCACUCACGAAGUGGCCUAUAAGCUGGGAGUGGAGGAAUCGAAGAGGACAGAUAAAGUGAUAACUUGUUUGCCUGGUAAUCUCCCGCCUUUGUUGCCGACCGAUCUGCUUUCCUUCUAUCGCGCUCUUGACCCAACGGACAUUUUGUUUCAGUGCUGUGUCUAUGAGUCCCAAUUUCAAACUAAGGCAGACUAUGUGCUGGUCAACACGUUCGAUGAACUGGAAGCCCAUGAGACGGUAAGCGCACUGUCCUGCAAUGGCUGUCCUGCUUUGGCAGUAGGGCCUGUAUUCCUUCCCAAUUUCAUGGAAGGAAGAGAUUUAAACGGCAUCGCCCUCAAAUCAAACGAGCAGCUGGAGGAGUUCGCAAUCGGGCUGGAGAAAAGCCAACACCCCUUUCUGUGGGUUCUGCGAAUGGAUAUUGCGGGAGGUAUGCCUGCAACUCUACCCGAAGGUUUUGAAGAGAGGACAAAAGAUCGGGGACUGAUAGUGAAAUGGGCGCCUCAGGUGAAGGUGUUGUCCCACCCUUCUGUAGGAGGGUUUCUUACACACUGCGGAUGGAACUCCUGUUUGGAGAGCAUGAUCUUCGGAAUUCCAAUGCUUGGAUGGCCCUAUUUCUGUGAUCAGUUUCUCGACUGCCGCUUCUGCAAAGAUGUGUGGAAGAUUGGCAUGGACUUGGAGGGCGUGGACGUCGAUGAAAAUCUGGUGGUUAAGAGGGAGGAGAUAGAGAAAGGCGUUAGAAGAUUGAUGGAAGCGGAGGAGCUGAGAAAAAGAGGCAUGGAAUUGAAGGACGCGGCAUUUAAAGCGGUGGCGCAGGGUGGUUCUUCUUCACUCAACUUGAACAGAUUUCUUCAUGACAUGACAAAACUUUCCAAAUCGACUUCUGUUAAAACAGCAUAG